CAAGCAUCUACCGCAUCGUCGUUUUUCUCCUAAAACGACUGCGCAUUGGGUUUACUGUUCCUUAAUUCCACAUUUGCAUCUCCCUUCUUCUCUGCAGCCAAAGUCCGUCUCUUUCUCCUCCUGCGAUGGCAUCUGAUCGGAGCUCCGGCGACCCAAUCGCUGACUACGGCAAAACGCAGCGCAUCGUCCUCCUCCUAGACCUCAACCCACUCCUCCACCUCCAAAACCCAGCUCCAUUUCUCACCGCCCUCCUCGCCGCCGUCAAAACCAUCUUCUCCUUCCCUCCUCUCUCCGCCUCUCUCUUCGCCUUCAGACCCUUCUUCUCCUCCCUCUCUCCGCUGCUCUCCUCCUCCAAGCUCCCCACUUCUCUCUCCCUCUCUUUCCAUCUCCCCGGCCCCACUUUCAAUUCCCUCUCCCAAACCCUCAAUUCCCUCCCCGCAUUUCGCCGCGACCCGGCAUCGCCGCCUCGGGCUUCGUGCUUCGCCGCCUCCUUGCGCCAGCUCGUGCACGACUACGCCUGGGACCCCGUGAUCUGCGAUCCAAUGACGGGUACGUUCUCGAAUAGUGAUUCGGUUGCCGUGAGGUCUAAUUUGGUAAUUCUGUUUUCGCCCGUCUGCGUGUCUGCAAAUUGUUUGACGGAAUUCCUGAAUGUGGGUGUGGUUGACGAGUCUUUGGAAAAUGUGAAUGCGUUUUCUGAGAGAUUUCGGGGUUUCUUUGAGAAUGUGAACGAUGCAUUUCUGAGUAGAGAUAUUCAGUGUAGCUGGGUUGAUGUCAGGUAUGACUUAGAAUGUGGUGAGGGUAAGGUUGGGAACGAUGAGGAUAAGACGAGAUUUGGGUUUUUCGAGAGUGGGGUUAGGAGUUUGGGAUGGGGAUUUUGCUCGACUGGUUCGAUUAUUCUUGGUUCUGCUCUUGUUCCUUUUGGUUUGAUUUAUCCCGAGAUUGGGAUUUCAUCCAAGUUUUUUGGUUCUGAUGAUAGUCAUAAGAAAGUCAAUGUGCAGUUGAGUCUCGAGAUCUUAGAUGUAAGUGGGAAGCCUUUGGAAUGCAAGUUUUGUGAUCUUCAAUUGGUUGAUUUGAAGACGUUGCCUACAAAUGCAGCUGAUGAUGCUUUCUUUUCCCUAGAAAUCCUUAAUUCACAAACAAAAGGUGGUAAACUGAAGGAAUUGUUCUGGGGGAAUUUUGGCAAAGGCGUGACAAAGUUCCAGGUUAAGGCUUUGCAAAAGUACAAUGAGUUUUCGAAUUUCAAGGGCCCCUUAUCUGAUCCUCUCCUUGUCUGUUGUUUCGGAAAACCUGGUGAAGAUGGAAAAGAAAGUUCUGGCAAUUAUUAUGCAGAUAAGGUUCUAGAAAUGCUAGCAGCAGACUUGGGAGAGAAUGCGAAGAGAAAAUCAGCGCCCAUUUGGCAGAUUCUCUUGAGUUUCUUAUAUAGGAAUGGUCACGGAGCAUUAGUGUCCCUUUCAAGUGACAGUGGUGUAUCGUCUACAGGAAUUCUCAAACCUUUCACAGUUUCCUCGGCUCUGCUGUUUAUUGUGGAUGAAGGAUUUCACCCUCAGACAAAAGUGCAUGAUAUUGGCGGAGCAAAAGGAGACCAAUUAAGUCCAAAUAUGAAGAAUAAGAUUUGCGAUCCGAAUGCUGAUUUGGACCAAACUGGGCCAUUUAAUAAGCAUUCUGCUGGCAAGGAGGGAAGGAAGCGGAACAACAAAGGAAAUUCACCGUUGCUACAAGAUCUCACAUGGAGUGCCUUCUGCAAGGCAGCAUUUAAACACUCAGAGAUAGGUUUGGAAGAGGUUUACUUUGCCAGGGAAUGCUAUAACUCAAAAAAAAUGCGAUUUCUGAAAUGCUGGAUGAAACAGAUUAAAAAGUCUAGCGAUUGUGGCCUAAUAGUGAAGAAAGAAUCCCAGAUAGACCAGCUCAAUAAAAAAGAGAUGGACAAUAGGUUGGAUAGCUUACACCAAGAAAGUGAGCAGCCAAUUUCUUCAUCUCCUUCCAUUAGAGAAAAUUCUUUGACUGUGGCUUCUGGUAUACAAGAUGAAGCUGCUUUGGAAUUUAGAUCAGAAACGUCGGAAGCUUUUUUCAGUAGUCUAUCCAGCAAGAUACAACAGGGACUUGAAUAUGAAGCAGUAGACUUGGGGACUUUGGCAUAUCGGCUUGUGAAUUCAUCCAUAUAUUGGUUAAAUAAAAAGCGGGAAACAGAAGCGCUUUCAGAGAAUCAAUCGUCCCUUGUAAAGUCUGGUGCUACUGAUGAUUUGGUUGCUGCUGAGGUGUUAAAACUUCUGCUCAGAGAUCCCAAGGAUAUCACUGCAAAGCAGAAAAGCUCCGGCCCGUCUGUUAAAGCAUCUGAUUCAGAAUCCGAAGGACUUGCUUCUGGAAAAAUAGUUCGAGAAUAUGAAUUGCAGAUAUUUUUCCGGAUGGAGGUACUACAAUCAGAGGUUGGUGCAAGUAUUGCAGAAUCUAUGAAACAGAAGUUUGUAAAACAGAUUUGCUCGUUUUUGGAGAAAAUUCGAUGUCAUCUGGAGGGCUUCUUUGGUGACUGGAGUGUAGAUGAUUACGUUGAAAAGAUCAUAAAAAGCAGGUACUGUAAGACACUUGAAGAUGUGGUUCUCAAAAUCUAUACGAAAAUGGAUUUGUUGCUGUUUGCUGAUGAGGAAGAACUCCCUAAUAGUUUACUCAACAGUGAGGAUAGCAAUCGUUCCUGUAAAGAAAAACCAAAGAGAGACGAAGUGGAUGAAAGUUGUAGAUUCUGGGACUCAUUAUCAGCAGAAGGUGAGUCUCUUCGUCCGCUGAAAACUGAUAUUGGAAGACCAAGCGCUGAAGAGAUCAAACAAGAGGAUGACCAUGCUCGCAAGCUUCUUGAAGCUCAAGAGAGGAGAGAGAGGGCUCGGAGAUUUGCUUCAUCCAAAAGAGGGAUGCCCGAUUUGCAGAGAGUUUGGGCCCCAAAACAGCGGAAACCAUUGAAACCAAAGUCAAAUCCGCUUCGAAAGCUGUUUAAAAGGAAGGAUCAUAGAGGUUCAUGUGAUGACAGAGUAUGUGAAACCCCAAUGACAGGAAUCAAACGUUCAUGCUCGCGGUGCAGCUGGGAUGACGAUGAAGAUUACCGAGAAUACAGUAGCCAGCCGUGCGGCUCUGUUUCAAAAGCAUUGUUCCAGGAUGAUGACCAGUGAACUAGAACUACAACGAGACAUGGAAAAAGCAUAUACAUACCAAAAGCAGCAGAAAAAAACAAUUUAAAGUGCAAGCUUCUGUUGUUUAACUCUAAUUGUCUUAUUAAUUUUGUGUAAAACAGUUCCAUUUUUUUUUUUUUGUGAUUUGCAACAUGAAAUUGUUGGUAUCA